AUGACGGACCAGGACCAGAAGACCGUACAACUGAACGAGAAGACCUUGGAUGGUUCUUCUCCUCCUCAGUCUGAUGUUGAGGUCGGCGAAAUUCUCGAAGAUCAUGGAGCCGACUACGGACUGCAGCGCCGCCUUGGCUCUCGCCACCUGACCAUGGUUGGAAUUGGGUCUUCCAUCGGAAUGGGUCUAUGGCUAGGCUCUGGUACUUCCUUGACUCGAGGCGGCCCAGCAAGUAUCUUCCUUGGAUAUGUCUUGUCCGGUACAGUUGUGUGGGCCGUCAAUCAGUCAAUUGGAGAAUUGGCUGUCAUGUAUCCUCUUCCGUCUGCAUUUGUGCGAUGGUCGUCCAAAUUCAUCGAUCCGUCCAUGGGUUUUGCACUCGGUUGGGCCACUUUCUUCAGCUCGCCCAUCACAAUGGCAAAUGAAAUCCAGGGCUUGUGUACAGUACUAGGCUUUUGGACAGACAAGGUCCCAAUACCUGCUUGGGUCACUAUAUGGGCUAUUGUCAUCAUCGUCAUCAAUAUUGGCGCUGUCAAUAUCUGGGGAGAAUUCGAGGUCACUGCGUCUUCGAUCAAACUCUUCUGGAUCGUCGUUGUGAUCAUCUCCUGUAUCGUCAUCUCCGCUGGAGGAGGACCCAAGGGAGACGCAAUUGGUUUCCGUUACUGGAACGAGAUGCCCUUCAUAAAUGGCUUCAAAGGAUUCCUGCGUGUAAUGCCGACCUGUAUUUUCGCCAUGAGCGGCGCUGAGAGCAGUGGAAUUGUUGCGGCCGAGGCCGGAAACCCUCUCAAGGCUGUGCCUGCUGCUGUUCGUAGCAUUUGGGUUCGCCUUUCACUAUUCUACGUUAUCGGUGCACUCAUGGUUACCAUUACCGUCUCUCCCAAAGAUCCCAACCUCUUUGGUGGUUCCGGUGUCAACGCUUCUCCAUAUGUCAUUGCGUUCCGCAAUGCUGGCGUGGAGCCCCUGGCACAUAUCAUGAAUGCUGUGAUUUUUGUCUCCGUUCUGUCGACCGGAUCCAUCUCUCCUUUGCUGGGAUCUCGCACCAUUCUGGGUCUCGGAAAUCUCAAGAUGGCUCCCAAGAUCUUCGCAAAGUGCGACAAAUCAGGGCGUCCCUGGGGCGGUUUGUUGCUUGUUUUCAUUAUUGGCUGGCCUCUUGCCUACCUAAACGUCAACCAUACCGCAUCUGAGGUUUUCACCUGGCUUUCUAACUUGACUUCGCUCUUCACCCUUUUCACAUGGGGCCUCAUUUGUCUGUCGCACAUUCGUUUCCGAGCUGCGUGGAAAGCACAGGGCCACAGUGUCUCUGAGCUGCCUUGGAAGACCAAGACCUUCCCCUUUGCUGCGUGGUGGGGUUUGGUCUGGUGCAUGAUUCUCAUUGUUGUCGAGUUCUACCUCGCCGUCUGGCCGCUCCACGCAAAGUCGUCGGCGCAGACUUUCUUCGCCAACUAUGUCUCUGUCAUUCUUAUCAUUCUACUCUAUUUUGGUGCUCGCUUCCACUACAAGGGUGCUUGGUUCAUUGCCGCCAAGGACAUUGACCUCCGGGAAGGUCGCCGAUACUAUGCUGCACGCAAGGAGAAGAAGGGUAACUUUAUCAAGCGCGCCAUUGACGGUAUGAUGGGUGGCGGUAGUUUUUGA